CCAAGACGGCAACAGGCUAAGAUCCGGCGCACAAUUGUCCGGGUUGCGAAGGGCUAUCUUCCACUUUGGAAACAGCAGAAUGAUUAUCGCGGCGGCGCUACGCCUCGUCCUCGUCCACCUGCUGUUGCUGGUGGACAACGUGCUGUAGUUCUUCCACUAGGUCCUCAAGGAGGUGCGCAGCAUCCGGGACAACUUCAACCACAACCAGACCAAGAUCAAGGAGAUGGUCCUCUGCAAAAUCCAGAGGUUAAAACUAAGGCACAAGUACUCCAAGUCCAGGCGAUGUUGGAUGAGCAGCGGAACAAUAAAAUCUAUCAAGACUUCAUCAGAAAAUCGUGGCAACGAGUCUGGCGGAUGAAGAUGAAUCAUAUGCAAACGCAUCUUCCUGGAAUUUCGCCAUCAGCGUCAUCUAAGGGUCCGCCACCUUCGCCACAAGCACGGCCACCAUCAGCACAGGAGCUACUUGACGAAAGUGAUAGGCGAUAUUGGGAACCUCCAGGUCCGUUUUUACCAGAGACACAUGUGCGGAUUAUUUCUAAGCUAAAUGAGUUAGAAGCAAGCGUCGGCGUGGAGGAGGUCGUGUCGAGAAAUCGGCUCUUGGUUCUGUUAAGGCAAAGGGAAAAGCUGAUGUGGUAGAUAAUUUAGAAAGAUUCACUCUAAGUCAACACGACAAACGCGAGGAUUGGUUUUUAUUUUAUCAACAUUUUACAUUAGAUUUAUUUGGGUCGUGUUUUUCAGUGGCCCUAAGUGAUUACUUCCUGGCAACAAGUAGAGCGGGUGCCUUUUCUUGAUACACAUCGAUCCGUAUCUACUUCUAAUCUCCCUCGACUCCAUGUUUCCCUUGAUUUCGAUCCCAACAAAACGCAGUGUAGUAGCAAGCACGCAGUCUCUCGCGGUUGCUGCCUCCUUGCUCCUCGGCGAACGAGUGACCAGACUUGGGCUUUUUCUGGGAGAGCAAUUAAGUAAUGGUAGGAACAAAGCACUGACCAAUCGCAAUCCUGUAGGAGAUGCCAGCGAAGCCGAUGAAGUUUUUGCCUCAGUUAAGGCUACCGCUGAUGCAUCCCUAGGGCCAUCCCACCUGGCCCUUUUUUUGCUUGAAAGAGGAGUCAGGGACGCUCUCAGGGAUGGGAAAGCGGUAGCUCUAACUCAGCGAUCGAAGGUACGCCGGCUGCUCUUCUAAGGGGAUUGGUGGUCUUCAAUGAGCCAGCGAGGCAAGAGCGCAAUGCUAUAGCUGAGUUUUUCUUUGGUGGAGCGGGGGGCAAGCGCAAUGCUGCAGGUGGUGCUAAUCAGGCCGAUCAAGACGCAAUGACUUUGGGUGCUGGUGCGCCACCAAUAGUAGGAGAGGUGACUCAUAGCCCCACUGCUGCAGCUGGAUUACGGGCUAGAGGGACUGCGAGUGCAGAAAAUGCUGAUACUCCCACCUCAUCAGCAUCAGGAAGUCCAUCCUCGUGUGCUAGUACGGGCACGCCUUUUCUUAAGGCUUCUUCUCCAAAUCCAAAUCCAGCAUCGAUCUCGUGGUGAAGCAUAGUGGACGACAGGCUUCCUUUUUAGGGUGAAGACUUCUGAAAAGGGUGGUCCACGAUGCUUCUCAAGAUGGAUUGCGAUUGGGGCACGCUGCUCUUCUAAUAUUUCCAAAACCAGAACAAACAACACACUACGCACCGAGUCUCAGCGUCCUGCUCUAGACUUAGACCGUGACGGGUUGAAAUCCAAUGAGGAAAUGAAGAGCAUCGCGGAGUGGUGCAAAGUCGAGUUUCCACGUGUGUACCCAAGACAAAUCGAACACGUUCUAGCCGAGUACAACUACCACUUGCCAGAUUGCUACGCGAUUCUGGCGGAGCGACACACUGCACGCGAAAAAACCAUCAAGGAAAGGCGACUGGCAAGGGAACAGGAAGCAAAGGCGGGAUUUUUUGGAUGGAUUUUUGGAGGCGGUGGAGGAAAUCAACAAGUACGGAACACUGCUGGUCCGAGUUCAACGGGGCGUGGUAUCCAAACACCUGUCGGACAACAGCAAACACAAGGACAAUGUGGUCCCUCAGGGGGAGCGUCCUCUUUUAAGGUUCGAUGCAAUUCAUUUUGAAGGAUCAUUUUCUCCGGCUUGCUUCUUCGGGUUCUGGAGAAAUGAAAGCAAGAAAUUAACUUCAAUUUUUGUUGCGCUCUAACUCUUCUUCUUCAUCGUCAGCGACUGAUCAAAAUACAGGAUCACAACAGCCACAACUAGUCGUGGAUUUACAUGAUUGUACUAUACCUCGACACGACCUGUCUCCGCGAUCCUGGCGAUCACAUCUGAGACGCACGCCUGCUGCGCUUCUGCGUGUCCGCAACAGAGAACAAGCGCAAAAAGACUACAGAGUUGCUAUGGAUUUGAACAAAAGCCUGAACUAUGCAGAAGGGACUGUUGUUGUUGAGGAGCCGCGUUCUGGGAGUUGUAUUGCAUCUUCGGAGCCGCGUUCUCGAAGUCAGAGAAGAAUUGCCCCCAAGAACAACUAUCCCCGCACGUCUACAUUGGAAGAAUUUCUGCAAAAUGUAGACGACGAUGAUGACGGAGUCGCUGAGUCUAGUUGUCAAAAGACACAGGAGACGGAUGUUGACAAUGAGAAAUCUUCUUCAGAAGUAGGAUCUAGUAGCAC